AAAAUUAGGUAUAUAUUAUUUGGUUGAAAAAAAAAGGAAUUGAAAAUUCCUGAAAACGUAUGGGAAUUCAAUUUCUAUGUCAACCAUUACUUUACUUAUUUUUUUUUCCCUUUCUUUCUUUAAUUUUGUUUUAUCUCUCAAGUGUAAAUUUCUACAAUAAAUAGUGCACCGCAAAGCAUAUUUAUAGUGGAGAACCGGAGACACCUUAUCAAUCAAAUUUUCAACACUCAAGUUGCAUAUUGGAGCGAAAUUUAGCGUCGAGAGACAUGGCGAACAGACAAAUAGAGGUGGAAUAUGUAACAAACAAGAAAGAUGGGAUGCAAAAAGCAGAGCAAAAGGUGAUAGAAAAACCAAUAAGGAACAGUUGUCAAGGACAUAAAGCUGCGUUGGUUGGGAUGAGUAAUGAAACCAAGGAUGUUGGGCUGAUGUUUCUCCAGUACAAUGAUUGGUGUGGAAGUGUGGUUCCUUUUUAUCCUACUGGCAUUAGCCCCAAAUCUUCUGAUAGCUUUGGCCAUUUGCCGGACCCUGCUUAUGGCUCCAAGGGCGCGGUAGUGUACUAUGGCCAGAUCAAUCAAACAACUGAAGGUGCAUGGCUCUUGGCUUGGUCUGCGCCAGUCGUUACCGGUGGCUCGGUUCCUCCCAACAACCAGGUUUACGUUGAAACUGGCAAUAAAAAGGACUUCGAGAACAUAGAUUGGAAAGUGAUUCAAGAGAAACUGGAUAAAUCUGGCAAAGUAAGUAAUUGCACGGACCAAACUACUGGAUGCACGGCCGUUGCUGAAAUCAACCCAAACGAUGACUCUGCUUUGAUUCUUGCAACGUUCAUGUGAUCGAGCCUAAGCGCAAGCCAGGUACUCGGAGAGUGCGUUACUAGCUACAAGUAUGCUACUUUCUGCAACAAAAACGUUGAUUAUCAAUUUAUCACUAAUAAUGUACGAAGUAUACGGUACUAGUAAUGUUAUUAAAUAAAGGUAUUGUAUGUUUAAAAAUAAAAAAAGGUAUUGUAUAUCGAUCAUAAAUUUCGAAUACUAGUUACUAGCUACAGCAGUACGUCUAUCUUUUAA